ACAGCCAGGUGCACGACAAGUCCCUGCCAUCCGGCUACCUCGCAAAAAAAAAAAAAAUUCAAUGGGAAAAGACCUUUUUUCUUCUUACCCCUAAACAAGAAGGAGAAUGUGAUAAAGGGGAGAAAAUGCCAAGGAGGAAGCAGGAGCAACCCAAGCGCCUGCCUUCACAUGUGGACACGGUUGAGGAAGGAGGACCUGAAUGCGGUUCCGUGGAGGGGGACAGCUGGUUUGGGAACACCUCCGACACCCCUUCCGAAUCGUCCUAUGGGGAUGUGCAGGAUGAGCUGCGGGUGUCCCCCGACGGACCUCGGCCGGACAACGACACCUCAGCCGAAAGCUCGCUGGGCUGCCCCACCCCCGUUCAGAUCCUGGGGUUAGAUGGCGGCGUCCUCUCCAGCCAGGACACCCUCUCCUCCGUCGUUUCCUCCUUGUAUGGGGAUCCCAACCAAACCCUCGGAAAACCGCUGAGCAGCAACCUGCGGCGCCUUCUGGAAGCCGGAUCUUUGAAGUUGGAAGCGGGAGAGCUGAUUGGACGAGGGGGCGGCAGGGGUACAGAGUCGCCCCCCGUUGGCCUGGCGCUGUCUCCGUCCUCCCAUCAUGCCCAGCAGCUGAGUGCCCUCGCCCGCAGACUGGCCAGUAGCAGCAACAACAGUGGAAACUCCGCCUCUGCUUCGCCGGCUUCUGUGUCGACCGUCAAACAAGAGCCUUGCGACCCAUUCGGGCCCAGCAACGGCACUGGAAGCAGCGGGUUCGUUUGGGUCGGUGUUGCGGACAAAUGGCCGCCGGCCGGUUGCUCGGCGCCCAGCGGCAGCAGUUUGUCUCCGGAUUCGGCCAUACAGAAGCUCAAAGCGGCGGCCAACGCUGUACUCCAGGACAAGAACGCCAUCGCCUCCAACACCUCGGCGUCUUCUUCGUCAUCUUCCUCCUCUUCGGUUACCUCCUCUUCAUCCUCCCUGACGGCGCUGGGCGGCCGUACGGACGAGACGGUGCGAUUUGAUGCGUUCGCUUCGCCCUUCAGCCCACAGUCCGCCAGCUCUACGCUUGCUGCCCUCUCCAAGAAAGUAUCCGAGAGGACGCAACAACAGCAACAACAUCAGCAGCAGCAGCAGCAGCAACAGCAGCAGCAGCAGCAGCAGGCGGGAAUGUCGGACCACCAGCCCCCGGCUGGAUCUUUCCUCUCCCUGGUCUCCAUAACCUCCUCUGCGGCCUUGCUCAAAGAAGUGGCAGCCCGGGCCGCGGGGAACCUCCUCGCCGACAAGAAAGAGCCGGCUUUGGUUCUGGGACCUUCCGAGGACGUCAAGCCGCUGCUGGACAGGAACCAGAAGGUUCCCACGCCCACUCAGACGAUGGACCUGCUCUUACCGACUACCCCCAAGGGAAGGGCCAAGCCCGGCAGUCAAGCAGGUUCUCCUGAGGACGGGGGCAAGCCGUUUCAGUGCCCCGUGUGCGGACUGGUGAUCAAGAGGAAGAGCUACUGGAAGAGACACAUGGUGAUCCACACUGGCUUGAAAAGCCACCAGUGCCCCCUCUGUCCAUUUCGCUGUGCCCGCAAAGACAAUCUCAAGUCCCAUAUGAAGGUCCAUCAGCACCAAGACCGAGGUGAGACGUUCCAGUGCGAGCUUUGCCCUUUCACCUCCUCACGUCACUUUAGCCUCAAACUGCACAUGCGCUGCCACCAACAUUUCCCCCGCACCGACAUCAAGGUCAAGGACGAACCGACCACCGACACGGAGGAAGGGGAGACCUCGCUGAUGGUGGACGGCGGUGGGGGUCAGGUCGCGGCCGCGGAAUCUUCCACGUCUCCCGCUUUGGCCCAGUCCGACGGGCGGGUCGGGGCGUCUCCGGGCGAACCUUCCAACCACAUCCACAUCAAGGAGGAGCCCCAGGAGAGGGACGUGUCGGUCCUGUCGCCUUUCGGGGCGUGCCGGGAACGGCCCGGGAGCAGCGCCAGCUCUCUGGAACUGCCGGCCCUUAAGGGGAGUCCGCCCGGGCCGACGGCCGCCUCUCUCUUCAGCCCGGACAUCACCACCAAGACGGCCACAGACCUUCUGAUGAAGCUCUCAGCGGCGAACCAGAAGGAGUCCCUCAAAGGCUCGUUCUGCGUGAAGGAGGAGCCGCAGGCGGACGAGCCUCAGAGUCCGCAGAGGAACGCCAGUUUCAGCUUCUGCCAGGAGGGGCCACUGAGCGCCCCACCCAAACCCCGAGAGGAAGGAAGUCCCAUGCUCCCCAAGAACAGCAGCAUCCUCAGUCAAGACAUCAGCGUCAAAGUGGCCUCAGAACUCCUCAUCAAACUGUCAGAGAACAACAAGGAGGCAUCUUUGCAGAAAGUCGCCGUGAAGGCGGAGCCCAUGGAAGUUGACCCGCCUGCGGAGCUGGCCCCUCCCCCUUCGCACCUGCUGAGCUUCGGCACUUUAGGGGCGUGUGAAAAGAGUGAGCCAAUGGCAAACAUCUCUGAGCCUUUGCCCCGCCCCCAGAAAGAUCUCUUCUCCCAGGACAUAUCCGUCAAAAUGGCGUCUGAGCUGCUUUUUAAGCUGUCAGAAAAAGUAAGCAAAGCGAAUGAUAAUAAAGACAGCCCCACCCUUCAUAUGAACAGCCCUUUCCUGGACGAUCGCUUCAGACAAUCACCCUUCUGCACGCGCUCAAAGAGUUCAUCACCAGCUGAGGCCAGCUCCUCAGGCAGCACUGCCCCUCAGCAGGACCCAGAAAAAGGAAGCGGAGAACCAGGGAACGGCGUAGCCCAGUGGAGACUAAACGAACAGCUUUAUCCAUGUCCCAUCUGUGGGAAAGUGUUCGGUCGUCAACAAACGCUCUCCAGACACCUGUCCCUGCACACAGAAGAGAGGAAGUAUAAAUGUCACCUGUGUCCGUACGCGGCAAAAUGCCGUGCCAACCUUAACCAGCAUCUUACCAUCCACUCAGUCAAACUGGUCAACACGGACACGGAGCACAUCGUCAACGCCGUCACCACAGAGGGCAGGGAACGCAAGAACUGCCCCUUCUACUACAGUUGUCAUGUGUGUGGGUUUCAGACAGAGCUGAAUGCUCAGUUUGUCAGUCACAUGUCCCUGCAUGUGGAUAAGGAGCAGUGGAUGUUCUCUCUGUGCUGCAGCGUGUGUGACUUCGUCGGUGUGGAUGAGAGCGAAAUGAAGGCCCAUAUCAGCACGGGCCAUGCAGGUCUGAACUCCAGGAGCCCUCUGAGUGAGACAAAGAGCACGUCAUCAUCACUCUCCGCCCUCAGUGAUUCGCUCAACAGUUCAGAGGGCGGGGAUGUCCUCCAGGGAAACGAGGAGCUCAAGAGCCUAUUGGCUACGCCUGCCUCCGCGGGCAGUCAGUCAAGCGCCGGCUCAGGAUCAGGAUCAGAGGAGAAGUCAGAAAAAGGUUUCGAGUGCGUGUUCUGCAACUUUGUGUGCAAGACGCGGGCCAUGUACGAGCGACACCUGCAGAUCCACCUGAUCACGCGCAUGUUCGAGUGCGACGUGUGCCACAAGUUCAUGAAGACGCCGGAACAGCUCCUCGAACACAAGAAGUGCCACACGGUGCCUGCAGGGGGGCUCAAGUGCCCUCUUUGCGUGUACUCCACCAACAGGCCUGCCGCCAUGGAGUGCCACCUGAAAACCCACUGCAAGACGGAGCACAGAUGCCGCAUCUGCCAAGCCGUGUGGACCAAUCAGACGGAACUGGAGAGUCACGUGAGGGCCCAUCGCCUGGGCAACCACUACAAAUGUGAGCAGUGCGGAUACCUCUCCAAGACGGCCAACAAGCUGAUAGAGCACGUCCGCGUGCACACCGGCGAGCGGCCCUUUCACUGCGACCGCUGCAGCUACAGCUGCAAGCGUAAGGACAACCUGAACCUCCACAAGCGGCUAAAGCACGCGCCCAGACAGACCUUCGGCUGCGCCCAGUGUCCCUUCACCACCACGCACCCCUUCGUCUACAGCCGCCACGUCAAGAAGCACCAGGGCGGGGAGGGGAGCGCCGAGGAGAGCGAAGCCCAGAUGGGCUCGCCGCGCCCGGGCAGCGGCGGAGGCAGGGAAGGCCUGCUUCUACUGGAGGGUGGGGGGAGCAGCAGCAGGGGGGGCAGCGGAAGCAGCAGUCCUCUCAUGACCCUGUCGGCGUCCCAGGCCCUGCAGUCGGUGGCUCUGUCAAUCACGAGCAAACGGCAGGAAGUCCCGCCCGCCCCGCCCUACCUCGCGGCGAACGGCGCGAUCCCGCCGCCGUCUUCGUCGACGCCGCUGUCUUCGUCGAUGCUGGCCGCCCGUUACUACGAACAGUACAGGAACUGUGACGCAGCUUACCUCAUCCCACUCACCACACUCUUCACCGCUCGCCGGUUCACAUUCCACGGCCCCUCCUCCUCCUCACGCUCGACCCCGCUCUUCUCCAGACGUUGGCCCGCCCCCACCUCACAGUCCCCUCCCACUUCGCCCAGCUCACUCAAACACUCCUUCCUCGCGUACCUGGGACUGACCGAGAGGGCUAAAACCGUCUGACCUCUUUUUUCUCUGUCAUCAGUUCCCUUUCUUCCUCUAGUCCCUGUAUC